AUGUCGGAGAAAGAGUCGCCUCAGGAAGUGCAUGGCAUUUCGACCGCCGUGGAGGACACUGCACAUGUCAUUGCAGGAUAUGGUGAAACUGCCAAGAUGGCUGGCGCUACGACGAAGGAGGUUUACAAUGCCGAAUUGUUCGCAGCUAUCGAGGAGACCAAGAUUGAACGAUGGAGCAAGACUUCAAUUCACCUCUACUUCUGCAUAUUUGUCGCGUUUCUCUGCGCCUGCGCUAACGGCUACGAUGGCUCAUUGAUGGGAUCUGUUCUUGCGAUGGAUCAAUACCAGAAUGUCUUCAAUACUGGCCUGACCGGCGAGAAGGUCUCGGUUGUCACCUCUCUCUACACAGUUGGCUCCAUUGUUGCAACCCCCUUUAGCGCGGUCAUCUCCGACAAACUGGGUCGACGAAAGUGCAUGUUCACAGGUGCUUGUGUGAUUAUAAUCGGAUCAGUGAUCAUCGCAAGCGGCAUGACACUGGCUCAGUUUGUUGUUGGUCGAUUCAUCCUUGGUGUUGGAAUCCAAAUUAUGGUGGUAUCAGCGCCCGCCUAUGCUGUUGAGAUCGCUCCACCUCAUUGGCGUGGUCGUGCUGUCGGCUUCUACAACUGUGGUUGGUUCGGAGGUAGCAUUCCGGCCGCUCUCAUUACUUAUGGGACGAACUAUAUGCAUAGCAACUACCAAUGGCGGAUUCCAUUCAUUUGCCAAUGCUUUGCAUGUAUCUUGGUCAUUGCAUUUGUGUGGUUCAUUCCGGAAUCACCUCGCUGGCUGCUCGCCCAAGGUAGAGAAGCAGAGGCAACGGCAUUUUUGGUGAAGUACCACGGCAACGGAGACCCAAAUGCCCGCCUCGUUCGCCUCGAAAUCGAAGAGAUGAAGGAGGGAAUUCGAAUUGACGGUAUUGAUAAGAGAUGGUGGGAUUACCGACCUUUUGUGAUGACACACAGCGGUCGCUGGCGUUUCGCCCAAGUGAUCAUGAUCUCUGUGUUUGGACAAUGGUCUGGCAAUGGACUCGGCUACUUCAACUCGACCAUUUUCAAUAUUCUUGGAUACAAAUCUAGCUCGACCCAGUUACUCUUGAACAUCGUCAAUUCGAUCGUGUCUGCGGUCGGCGCCGGAACUGCAGUCUGCUUGACCGAUAAGAUGCCUCGCCGUCCCGUCCUAAUUUGGGGAACCCUGGCCUGUGCGAUCACGAUGGCGAUCAACGCCGCCAUCUCCAUUCCUAUCGCUGAGACCGGAACUAUCAGUAAAUCAAAGGGACAGGCCGCCUUGGCAUUCUACUAUCUGUUCAAUGUGGUGUUUUCUUUCACCUAUACGCCUCUGCAGGGUGUGGUGCCGGCGGAAGCUUUGGAGACGACCACCCGUGCUAAAGGGCUAGCCCUAUCAGGCUUCAUGGUGAGCUCUAUCAGUUUCAUCAGCCAGUUUGCAUCUCCGAUCGGACUCGGAAACAUUUCCACCAAUUAUUUCUGGAUUUUCGUGGGAUGGGAUCUUAUUGAAGUGGUUUGCUGGUACUUUUUCUGUGUCGAGUCGCAGGGUCGCACUCUUGAGGAGCUUGAAUGGGUGUACCAGCAGCCCAACCCGGUCAAGGCCUCCCAGAACUUGGACAAGAUUGUCGUCCAACAAGAUGGCACUGUGACAGAGAAGAUUGAGGCGGAUGCUUAG